CCCCCCUUCUUCUUCAAUAAAGCCAACUCUUUUCUUUUGCUAGUGCUGAUGCAGUGCGCACAUAGAUAAGGAAAGCAAAAUCCCAGUGGGGGGAUGGGGGCCAAUGCCUUUCUUUUACAGCCUCAACUCCGAUUUGUCAGCCGUGGAGAAUUAUUGCUUGGUCAAGGAGAGGGGAAAGGCUUGGGCCUACCGAUCCCAAUAGGACCUCAUAAAAGAACGGGAGUAGUUGAGAGGUUCCAUAUUGCCGAGCCAGGGCAGCACUUCUGUACGUGAUCAUAGUAUGUCACGUCAUCUCGUCCCAGCUGCAUUGAGCGAUCAAGGCCUUACCCUCUUCCUGCAUAUGAGGUAUCCAUCUUUUGUGUCACAAUUGAAUGGGAGAAGGGGCAAAAAUAAAAAAAUCUCUUUGCUCAUUAAUUUAAAUAAAAAAUUAGUUACCAGAGAUGGAUGUAUGCGUUAGAAAAAAAUAAUGAUGCUAAUGAAUAAUCAAGAAUUUUGAUGAAGUAAUAGGUUAGAAAUUUUUAUAGUCAUAAUAUCGAUUAUCUUGAAGUAAUGUACAAUGGAUCCCUUGAAAAUUGAAUUGUUUCACAUAAAAUAGAUUUACCAAGCACUUUGACGGCAUUUGGUAAUGGGACGCGAAAUGAUAAAAAGUCAAAUGUCCAAAUCUAGCGGCACGACAGGAAAUCUAUCUAGAAAGUGCUAUUUCUAGUCCGCAUCCUCCGUCCCAUCGAAGCAUCAAGUCGUCGGCGUCAGACACGAAAGCUUCGGCAGUUCAGGUGUCGCGUCGCGAAACACGUCGGAAUCCAAGGUCAGAAUGCCGGGCCUCUCCGCGAUGGAUUCUUUUUCCACUCCACGUCCUUGGUCGCAUCGACACAUCGAUGUCCAGGCCCGUAAGGCUCCGCCGAUCCCACCGUCGCCUCGCAUCCACCAUCUCCAUCUCCAAGAAACUUGCCGCUUCGGAAACCAACAGAAGCCUCUCUGCAUCACCCGCGCACGCUCACGACAUGUUGAAGUUCUCCUGGAACGCCACGGACCAUGUCAAAGCCCUGGCCCCAUGAAGAUUCUCGACACGCCAAAGCCCGGGCUCCUCCCUUCGGGGCGGAGGGCCGCGGCCACCGCCAUCAUCUCUUGCUAUCCGGCGAGCAAAGCCCUGACCUUGGCGGUCGUCUGCAACGGGUCGGCCCGGGUCGAGCCCAGGUCGAGCAGCUUGGCCAACCGGCUCAGGUUGGGCAGCUUGACGGAGGACGGGCUGUCGUACAAGGAGAGUUUCAUGGUGAGGUGCUAUGAGGUGGGGAUCAACAAGACGGCCACCGUCGAGACCAUGGCCAAUCUGUUGCAGGAGGCUGCGUGUAAUCAUAUUCAGAGUCUUGGAUUUUCGACUGAUGGAUUUGCAACGACCUCUACAAUGCGGAAAAUGAAUCUCAUAUGGGUGACUGCCCGCAUGCACAUUGAAAUAUACAAAUACCCAGCUGGGAGUGAUGUGGUGGAAAUAGAGACAUGGCUUCAUGGAGAAGGCAGGAUCGGAACUAGACGAGACUGGAUACUCAAGGACUAUGCAAAUGGUCAAGUUAUUGGAAGAGCUACUAGCAAGUGGGUCAUGAUGAAUCAAGAAACUAGAAGACUUCAGAAGGUCAACGAUGAUGUUCGUGAUGAGUAUCUGAUUUUUAGUCCACGAGAAUCAAGCAUGCAAUUCAACAUCAGUAUAUUUGACGAAGGAGCUUAUAAGGGGCCUUUUGCCUUGCUAAAGUGA